UGAUUGAAAGGAAAACGACGAGCCCCACAUCUCAUCAUCUGCCAGAUGUUCCACAGCAUGACCCGCAUGCAUCCGCACCGCCCCCUGCUUUCCCCUGUUUUUCCCGUGAAAAUGUAGCUCCCUUUGGGUCGCUCACACCGCCCCCCACGAGAUGGCCGCAGCAGCCUGCCCGCACGGCAACGACAUCGGCUCCCUCCUCCUCAACCGCGCCUCCUCCGCCACCGCCUCCGCCGCCGCCGCCCGCCCCUGGCCCUCCUUCUCCGGCUCCGCCCUCCGCCGCCGCCUCCUCGACGCCUUCCGCUGCGGCGGCGGCUCCUUCUCCCCCAGCAGUCGCAGCCGCAGCAAGAAGCCGCCACCCAAGAUCCCCCCGGACCCGCCGAGGCCGGGCCCCGACCCGCCGCGGCCCAGGACGCUGGCGACGUUCGUGUCCAAGUCGGAGAAGCUCAGCGACCUGCUCCAGCUGGCGGAGAUCCACGAGCGGCAGGAGAGCGACGUGGAGACGCGGCAGAAGGUGGAGGCCCUGGAGAAGCUGAAGCGGGUGGUGAGGGAUCUGCAGGACGCGGAGGAUGGGGAGGGAGAGGCUGACCGCGAGGAGGAGAAGAGGAGGGAGAGCGCUCGCCACGUGAGGCUGCUCGCGAAGGAGGACCCGGAGGCGAGGACGACGCUCGCGAUGCUGGGAGCGAUCCCGCCGUUGGUGGGAAUGCUCGACUCUUCGGAUCUCGAUUCGCAGAUUGCUUCGCUCUACGCUCUGCUUAAUCUCGGCAUUGGCAAUGACAUGAACAAGGCGGCCAUUGUCAAAGCAGGGGCUGUUCAUAAGAUGUUGAAGCUUAUUGAAUCUCCUGAGGAGACAAUAGACCCUUCAAUCUCAGAGGCUAUAGUGGCGAAUUUUCUUGGCUUGAGUGCUCUAGAUUCGAACAAACCCAUCAUCGGAUUGUCAGGCGCAAUCCCCUUUUUGGUGAAUACCCUUAUAGAUACAGACCACAAGAGUAGCCCCCAAGCAAAGCAAGAUGCCCUCAGAGCUCUCUACAACCUUUCAAUCUUCCCCUCCAAUAUCUGCAUAAUAAUCGAAACUGAUUUGGUCCCUUUUCUUAUGAAUGCCUUGGGAGACAUGGAAAUCAGUGGACGGAUUUUAUCUAUACUCAGCAAUAUCGUAUCCACCCCUGAAGGGAGAAAGGCGAUCAGCGUAGUUAAAGACGCAUUCCCUAUAAUGGUUGACAUAUUAAACUGGACCGACUCGCCGGGUUGCCAAGAGAAAGCGUCGUACGUUUUGAUGGUGAUGUCUCACAAAGCUUAUGGAGAUAGGCAGGCAAUGAUCGAGGCUGGAAUUGUAUCGGCAUUGCUUGAAUUGACGCUUCUUGGCAGUACAUUGUCGCAGAAGAGAGCUUCGAGGAUACUGGAGUGUUUGAGGGUGGAUAAAGGGAAGCAGAUUUCAGAGAGCUAUGGCGGCAGUAGCAUGAGUGCAGCAGUAUCUGCUCCUAUAUGCGGGGCUUCGUCAACUGCACUGAGUGUUAAUGGAGGGACGAAGGAGUCUAUGGAGGACGAAGACAUGAUGAGCGAGGAGAAGAAAGCGGUGCAGCAAUUGGUUCAACAGAGUUUGCAGAGCAACAUGAGGAGGAUUGUUAAGAGAGCUAAUUUGCCUCAAGAUUUCGUCCCUUCGGAUCAUCUCAAGUCCCUCACUGCAAGUUCUACCUCGAAGAGCUUGCCCUUUUGAGAACUGAUGCUUCGAAAGGUUAUUUAGAAGUUAGUCCAAUUUACUUUGUUUAUAUCAUUGCCUAGAUUUCUACACUGUUAAAAAGCUGACCUCACAAUGUGUCUUUACUUUGCCUACUUUCACUUUAGUUCAACAUUCUUCUGAAUCAAUUCAAUUUAUGCCAACGGAAGAAGUGCCCAAAGUUACAACCUUUUUCUUUCAGAUCUACCUGGGUUGAUUUUUUAUGUUUUUUUGGGCAAAUCUGUGGUUUAUACAGCCAUCAACUAGGGUUGCUUCAUGGUCAGUGGUGUGGAUGUAAAUAUAGGAAAUGCCGGUGUUCUUUUUUGUCCAUAAGAAAUUAGGAUCGCUACAUCCAACAAUCAAGUGGGGUCAUUUUCAAGUCUCAUUGGGCUCUGUUUCGUAUUUAAUAUUCAUUGGCUUCACUUGUGUUGGAAGAGGUGUCGGUCAUUUUCUUCUGUCCGGAAAUAGGGACUAUUCACUGCUUUAACCUUACAUGGGAAUCUAUUCCCGUUGCUGCUUUUUUCAAACGUGGGUCUGAACUCUACUAAAGGUUUCAUAUGGAAUCUAAUUAGCACUUAACAGGGUGGAAGUUAAUUUUUUUUUUUGUGAUCAUCCAAGGGGACAUGGACCAAUCACGCCCUCUUUUCUUGAUUAAUUUAACACGACUCUUAACUAACUACCCUGUGCCUAGCCUAAUGCAUUGAUUGACCUUGUCUUCUCAUGAAUUUUCUAUUUGCAGAUUGCAGAUCUGUAGAAAAUGAAUCACCGUUCUCACUUUGGUUGUGGGAGGAGAAGAAUCUGAGCUUGUUGAUAUUAGAAUAAACCCAUGUUUACUUCCCCUCGAGGUGUAUAUAAAUAUGUUUUCGGGAGUGAUUCUAAUUAGGCCAUAGUGAUCAUCUUCUUGUUGUUUUUUAAUGCAGGGGUUACCGGCAUCAUUACUUGAUGUGAUCUCAGUUUUGUGUAUAUAUUAUGUUCUGCUGCUGCAA